UCCUGUACAAAGAUAAGGAGUAUCAUUUUUGGCACAUGUGGCUUCCGUAUUACUUCGAUGCUGGUUGGCCUAAUCGAUAUUCUCACAUGUGGCCACACGCUGAGCCACUCGGCCACCACCACACACAUUAUUCAUUUUCUCUCGGUGCAGAAAUCUCCAGCCCUGCAUGAACAUGCCCGCAGGACCCAGUGCCUUUCUAAUAGGUGAAUCCGUUGUUGGGCAUCGUUCCGUGGGGGUUGCCUGUUUGGCGCUAGCUGCAUCGUAACCAGUGGUUUGGUCAGAUUAGACAGAAAGAGAGGUCUCCAAUUUACAGGUUGUCGUGCUAUAGGCUACUACUGGAACCAUUGAAACAUUUUCGCAGCGUUAGUCAUCACACUAGCCGCAGUGUAGCCUUGUCUCUCUGAAUAGCCAGCCCUCUAGUUCAGUACGCACUCUUCUAAGUGUUGGGUUUGGUUGAUCCCAUCAUUUUAAACCGAACCGCAACCGAACCAUAUGCUGCUGCUAUAAUGGUCGUCCAUGGUUCUGACUUCGGGCGGUUUCUCUGACCUGUUGUCAGUGGUCUGAGGGGUGUUGGGCCAGUGUGUUGGGCGCGCGGCUCCGGUCAUUAGUGUUUGCGCAGGAAGUGGCAGCCGACGCCAGUGGCCGAGCAGGUGAUGUUUGCUCACGUAAGCCGUUCGCGUUUGAGGGGUGCAAGGGACGCGGCUGGAGGGAUUGCGCUGUUGCAUCGCCUAACUGGAUAACCAGAUAACCGCUGUAUUCUGUAGUCACCGUUUUACCGAAAAGGAGUCCGAUUUUUCUACACUCCUGAAGGUGGAUCAAGCCCGACCUUGUGUGUGUCUGUCUGUGUAUUUAUGCUCUUUUUUUUUCCUGUGCGCGGAAUCUAACAAUAAUUUUCCGUUAUAGAAAGGCAAUGCGCCCACCCAUGCUAUGACAUUUGUUGGAGAGAGAGGACUGACUAUAGAGGCUUCAUGCAGAACCUCUGGUUUCGAGUAGAGGAUCAUUUACUAGUCUUGGUUUGCGUUUCAGGAGAAAAAAAUAGUGUUGAAGGAGAAUGCAGCAACCACAUUUUUAACCAUGCAGAACCGGGCCGUUUCCGGUUCUUAGGCUGGUGUGUCCCCAUCUGAAAGUUUAUGGGGAAAGCGGCAGACACAGAUGGCAUGGACACUUAUACAAGGUCUGCCGCUCUGCCCUGCUAUCGGAGCCUAUUCGCAGUCUCCCACUUCAACCCCGCUCCGUCAUCCGCGCCCCUUAGCCGCCCCAGCACUGCAGCAACCGAGCCACGGCCGACGGCAUGAGGCUUGAUCCGGUGCAUUUCUCCAUGCUGGUCAUCGGGGUAUCCUUUGCCUGUUACGCCCCGAGUCUCAAUUCCCUCCAGGACCAGGCGUAUCGAUCUGCCGUGGUCAUCGAGGGCGAGGUGCGCUCCUCACCGGAAAACGUCUCUCGGGAGCCUUACAGUGUAAAUGUCAAAGUGCUGGACGUGUGGCCCGUGAACAGCGGCGGGCUCGAGCGGGAGCAGCUCGUGACUGUCGGAGACUUCAGUUCCGAGGCCCCGUGCACCACUGUGGAGGAGAAUCACAGAUAUAUAUUUUUCAUGGACCCAACAGGCGAGCCUUUAGUAUUCAAGGCAUCGUUUGCUCCGCUGGACGCCAGCGGAACGGACCUGAAGAAGGAUGUGGAGAGCGUGUUGUGUGAGGACUGCGCUGUGGCCCCUAAGUUGCGGCCGAUGAGGGGCCAGUCUCUAAUGGAGGGGGAGAGGCUGUAUCUGAAGUGUGAGGCGUCAGGGAACCCCAGCCCCUCCUUCCGAUGGUAUAAAGAUGGCCGAGAGCUCCAGAGGGGAAAAGAUGUCAAAAUCAAGACCAAUAAGAAAAACUCCAAGGUCCAGAUCAACCGAGCGAGGCUGGAGGAUUCUGGGAACUACACGUGUGUGGUUGAGAACAUGCUGGGCCAGGAGAGCACUACGAGCAGCAUCAGUGUGCAGAGCCUGACCACUACUCUGUCUCCAGGCUCGAGUCACGCCCGGCGCUGUAACGACACAGAGAAGUCGUACUGUGUGAACGGUGGAGACUGUUAUUUCAUACACGGUAUAAACCAACUGUCAUGCAAGUGUCCAAAUGACUAUACAGGUGAUCGCUGUCAAAAAUCCGUCAUGGCAGGUUUCUACAAGCAUCUUGGAAUUGAAUUUAUGGAGGCAGAGGAGCUGUACCAGCGGCGGGUGUUGACCAUCACAGGCAUCUGUGUGGCACUGUUGGUAGUGGGCAUGGUCUGUGUGGUGGCAUACUGCAAAACCAAGAAACAGAGGAAGAAGAUACAUGGCCACCUGAACCAGAACGUCAACCAGAACCAGUGUGUGGAGCAGCCCAACCGCAUGCUGGCUAACGGUCCCAACCACCCUGGGCCAGGGCCUGAAGAGAUCCCGAUGGUGGACUACAUCUCAAAGAACGCUCCUACCACAGAGUGUAGUAUUAUACAGCAUGGACCAGAAGAAGCUGUAAACUACGCAGGAAGCCGAAUGUCCACCAGAUCCCACCACUCAUCUACAGUCUCCCACAACUCCAGACAUGAGGAGCGGACGUGGAGUAUAGAGAGGACAGACAGUAUGAACUCAGACUGCCAGUCGGGGGCGCUCUCCUCAUCAGUGGGCACCAGUAAAUGCAGCAGCCCGACCUGCAUGGAGGCACGGGCACGGAGGGCCGCCUACUGGGGCUGUUCUGAGGGAGCCAGCCUGCAGUAUGGAGACUCCUACGACUCUCUGAGAGACUCACCUCACAGUGACAGGUACGUGUCAGCGUUGACCACACCAGCCCGUCUGUCGCCCAUUGAGUUCCACUACCCCCCACUGCCCCCCCAAGUGCCCACCUUCCAAAUCACAUCCCCCAACACAGGCCACGCCCUCGCCCUGCCGCCUGCCGCCGCAGCCUACCAGCGGGAUGACGACCAGCCCCUGCUGAGAUGCCCCCAGGAUGGACGGUUGUACCGGCAACCCCGUCGCCCUCGCCAACCCUACCUGACAGAGAGCACGGGCAGCCUUCCAUCCAGCCCCUAUCAUCUCCCUGACGACGAGGCCUAUGAGACCACGCAGGAGUACGCCUCCUCCCGUGAACCAAUCAGGAGCCGCCGGCGCCCGCGUCGGAACCGCCUCAAUGGACAUGUCUCCCAGCGUGCAAUGGGCCUACGGGACAACAGCUCUCAGAGCUUCAGCCAAUCAGAGGAGGAGGAGGAGGAAGAGGAGGGGCAAGGAGAGAGCACUCCUUUCCUCAGUAUGCAGAACAUGAACAUGGAGCCGUGCGAACGUGGGUACCGAUCAUCUACCGCCCCUGCCCCGACCGCCGACAUACGGACUCACCGGGCGCAGGGGCGGCCAAGCACCCGCAGCAACGGACACAGUAAAAGCUCCCAGUCGCGCUCCUCCAAAAAUGACAACACACCCCUUUAAGACCCGCCCGCCUUGACUACUGACCUCUAACCCCUGACCCCGACCCCCCUGUCCCACCUAAAGACAACAGUGGAGUAGAGACCUGCACCUAGGAGAAAUAUUUUUAUUUUGUAUAACAGACAGAUAUUCUAAAUAAAUGAAAUAUUUAUUUUCAUUUCAGCAAAAAUUGUCUACUAGCUAACAGCAAAGACUUUUUUUAUAGGGAAAAAUAUUUAUAUGUAAAGUUUUUGAUUUACAGCGUUAUGAGAGAAAAAAAUGAUUACGUGCCAAUUUUUUCACAAGUUAGAUAAUAGAAUAAUAUUGUGGUGCCUUUUGCUGUGUGCUGAAGCCAGAGGUCCAGUUGAGUUUUUGUAGCCUUUCUAAUACAGACUCCUCAUUUUAUAGACCUCUUUACUUUGACUUCCUCUGUUUAGGAUCUCCCUGUUUGAACUGUGAUAUGAUUCUGGCAUCAUGCAAUAUGAAUCACCCCUGUGUAACGGAGAAUGUUUACAUGAGUAUGAUCCACACGCAGUUGUUUUUUCACGGGGGACAUUUAUCACAGACGCAACUGGAUGUGGUGUCCUGUCCUGGUACAGGAAGUGAAGCGCUAGUUUUUGAUGAGUCGCUCCAACAAACUCACAUCAGUCAUUCAUGUCAUCAUCCGUCCGCCUGUCAUCGUCUGUGUAUUGUUUCAGAGGAAUGCAGGUGAUCCAAGGUACCUGCACAGGUGUUCAGGGUUUUUAAAUGGGAAUGAGUGUAGGUGACGGUUGUGGUGUGUGUGUGUGUGCGUGUGCAUGCAGGUGUGUACGCACUCCAUGAUGAGUUGUAGUCUGGUCACAGCAAGGGAGACAUGAGUGUCCAUUCAGCUAUGAGGAUGUAGUCACUGUUAAACUGACAUACUCAACCGGCCAAUCGUCAUGCUGCCAGAAGCUCCAUUGCACUGUAAAACCUCCAUCCAUGAGCAUUCAUUGGCCAGGGAGCUGCCAAUCCUACCAAUCCAGUCAAUCCAGCCUGAUUCUGGCCUACAUGGACUUCCCUCCCCCAUUCCUAUGCCAGCAGCUUAACUAAAGCCGCACUGUGUCUCAGGACUUUCACAUCCCAUCAAGAAAAAGACUCCAUUUCCCAAGAACCACCAUGGUCCAUAGGCCAGAUCCAUUAUGUCCCUCUUCCUUGUCUGUUUUCAUCAGUGAUAUAGUAUGGAGCUAUGGAAACUCUUGAAACUUGAAAAAAAAAAGUGGGUUUUAAAAAUGCCAAAAUCCGCUGAUAUGGAGUUAAUGUUGAGGCUCUUGGAUGAUUGUUCUAUGACAGUGUAAUGAGACAGGUUUGUCCUGUGAUGAUGAUGAUGAUGAUGAUGAUGAUGAUGAUGACAUUGGCUCGUAGUGAUGAUGGCACUGGUUUGCUGUGUGCUGUGACAAGUGACACAGGUUAAUUUUAAAGUCUCUCCUACGUUGACUGACUCACUGCAGUGUGUUUGAGUCUGUUCGGUUUGUCUUUUUUUAAUCAUAGUCAACAGACAGUAUGGUAUUAUCGAUUAUUGCAUCCUUUUUUGCAUUCCUAUACCUUUAUUAUUAACACAAGUAUACCUUGCUUGGUCAUAUUGACUGAAUGAUCUGAUAUGUGUCUGUCUCUGUCCGACCCCGCCCUCUUGCCAAUGACAUCAUAGAUUAUGACAUAACCUACUAUCAUGGGAUAUGUUAGAUUUACACAUUACAACAGCUUGUCCACUCCGCUAUGGGUUACAGGCAUUCCUCAGAAAGGAUGCACCUCAGAAAUACUAUGAGAUUAAAUGGACAGAGAGCAUCCCGCUCCUCUGCCUAAAAGAAAAAGAGCAUUGUGUAAAAUACAUGAGUCCCCAUGAGUUGGUUUUAAAUGAACAUUUUAAUUUGCCCCUUUACCAGGAGAGUCUCACAGGAGAUGCAUGUAUCACAAAAAAAUGUUAUAAUAAGUACCAUAUAAAAAAUGACAACCAACUCCUUUGAUGAAUUCAGAGGAUUAUUGUGGAAUAUCAUUUAGAGAUAUACAUGUUCUUUUCAUGGCCCAAAGUUCUUCCAAGUUUGUCUUAGUAUCACUGUAUUCAAUCUGGGAUUUGCAAUGUAGGAUACUGCCAGUGACGGUAGUGUGCUUCUAGUGGUAGUUCAAAUGUAAAAUCCCCCCUUACCUCCUUCCCUUGCAACCAAUAUUUCCUACCUUCCACAUUUACUCUCUCUUUCUCUCACGCACACACACACACACGCACACACACACACACGCAUGCACGCAUGCACGCGCGCACACACACACACACACACACACUUAAACACAACACACACCCUUCAACACGGCA